UUUGGCCCCUCUGGGCAUUCUCUAGUCUCAGAACCUCCGGGGCUGCGGUCUUGUCACAGGAUCCACCCAGGAGUGGGCGGGAAUGAUUCUUGGGUCCCAAGAGUGCGCCCGUUACAGUAUACCCGUCUGAGUUAUGCAUCACAGGGGACAGUAUUGUACACAGUACUUGGGAUGGCGAUGAUGUGGGUUGUCGUGAUAAUCAUGCUGCUGCUGCUGAUGAUAUUGCCCAGCGCCUCCCAAUUCCGCCCGGUCCAGACAAGAAAAGAAGGGGGUUUUGCCGCGCUCUCAAUAUCAGCUGGGCGAGAUCGAGAGAAAGGGUUCAACGUCAUUGCAUGAUUCAAGACCCUGAGCGACCACGAGCAACGUCCUUGAGUUUCGGGAUAUCUCGAGCCCAGGCGGCGAUGGGUUAACUAGUGACCUGCAGCUAUCUAAACCAUGGGUAUGACGAAGAGGCUUUGCUGAGCAUUUUCAGGCCUCAACUGUAGCUAGAGGUCACUCCAAUGCGGUUGUCCAUUAUAUAAGUUACCGGUUCAAUGCAUUGUUUUGCUUCUCAACACGCGUUGAUGAGUAUGGUACUGACCCUAUUCCCCUCCAUUGUUCACCACAAUCGGCUCCGAUGGCCGAGGAAAGCGCCUUGCCCGCCGCCCGAAGACCACAACUGAUUUACGUGGUUUAUAGAUCGGACCAGAUCAGAGUGUGAAGUGCUACCAUCAUACACAGUACCACAGUAUAUAAGGUAUCUUUAGUCUACAUACUUGCA